AUGGCGAAAGUGUUCGAGUCCCCCAGAGAGGGCGCCUCUCCCAGCGACGAGUUCAAGUGUCCGGAGCAGUUCGGCUACUACGCGGACGAGAAUGACUGCAGCAAGUAUUUUGUGUGCGUGUUCGGCGAUGCUCUGCACGAGAGCUGCACAGGAGGCCUCUACUUCAGCGUGGAGCUGCAGACGUGCGAUUGGCCGCGAAAUGUGCAGUGCGCUGGAGCGUCGAGGAGAGCGACGACGCCGGCCAAGAAAGAGGAGACGUUUGGCGGAAGCCAGCGUCGCAGCGGCACGCGCAAGUCCGGGGGUCGUCAGGCGAGCGAGACAACGAGGCCGACGCGGUUCCGAAGUCGGCCUACGAUCACCACCACUACAACGGCUCGCACGACCACGACGCUGAGGACUACGACGACUCACGCUCCGCCGUCAACGCGACGAAAGCCGACCGUGGCGCCUGAGUACCAGACGCUGUACGACGAGGAGGACAGCAAGGACGAAGACGAAGAAGAGAGUGAAGAAGAGGAGGACAGCGGCUCCACCGAGGCGCCCGACGAGGAAGACACGGUCCCGCCGGGCCUCCAAGUGCCGCGCAAGAGCUCGGCACCCAAGUCUAACAGCUACGACCCACAACAGCCCCAGUAUGAUGAGGCCGUGCCGCAGCUGGUCAACUCGGACGGGAAGAUCCUCGGCUCGGACAGCGGUCGGCCGGACAAAUUCGUCCCCCGGGUGGACAAGCAGCCCAAGCAGCCAGAUUCUCUAAGCGUGUUCGUGAAGCCACUUUACCGGAACACGGGUGAUCAGAAGGACAAGGAGUCGGACCAGGUGUUCAAGAGGGACCAGACGGCCAUACUGGCGGCGCCUAGCCCUCAUCUCGACGACGACGUCGUCAUUCCGUCCGUGUACGGCGGCAACAGCGCGCGCGCGCCAUCUCUGGGCGCUUCGGACGUGGGAAGCCGGAAGGAUGUGGUCCUGGUCACGUACCCCCGGGACCAUAACCGCUACCAAUACUCUAGCGGGGGAAGCUACAGCGACGACGAGAACGAGUUUCGAGCUUUCCUGCAAGACCAGCAGCGGCAGCAGCUUCCGGCAGCGCAGCCGGACGUGCAGCGUGUGCUGAGCGACUCGAGCGUGCGACCGUCAAGCCGCGGGAGGAACAGAGACGCCCGCUUCUACCCGAGGACGCAUCAGGUGCCGCAGCAGACGCUCUUGGCACAGAUACCGCCUCCUGCGCUGGUGACGGCGCAGAGGGCGCAGACGGUGACGCAGACGUACGAGAGCCCGUCCACGCAGAGGGCAACGCAGGCACCCACCCGGGUGCCCACGUACCCGUCCUACCAAGACUACGACCACAACUACCAGCUACAGUCGGAGUACGCGUACCCGGAUGACGAGGAGCCGUACCCGACCACCACCACUCCUCGGCCCACGAGGCGCGUAAAAUAUCGAACGACUACCCCUACUACCACCACAACCACCACAACCACGACAACUCCAAGGCCGGUGACCCGUCGAGCGCCGCCAAAGGGCUUCAGCCGUCCGGCGACUCGCCCGCCGGUGCCUACGACGCCAGCGCCGCCGCCGACGAGGCCGCGCAAUCUGUACGCAACGCCAACGCCGCUGGAGACGGCCGGCCGCUGCGAGGCGCGCAAGUGCCGCCUUCCCGACUGCCAUUGCGGAGGAGCCGACAUACCAGGAGACCUGCCGCCCCACGAGACGCCGCAGGUGGUGCUUCUUACAUUCGACGAUGCCGUGAACGAUUUGAACUUCGACCACUACACGGAAAUCUUCGAUACGGGCCGCAGGAACCCCAAUGGCUGCCCGAUCCGCGGAACCUUCUACGUGUCGCAUGAGUGGACCGACUACGGCCAAGUGCAGACUCUAUAUUCCAAGGGACACGAGAUGGCCUCGCACACCGUCACGCACAGCUUCGGCGAGAAGUUCUCCAAGCAGCAGUGGUUCAAGGAGGUGGCUGGCCAGCGCGAGAUCCUGCACCUGUUCGGCGGCGUCAAGCUGGAGGAUGUGCGAGGGAUGCGCGCCCCAUUCCUGCAGAUCGGCGGGAACAAGAUGUUCGAGAUGCUGCACGAGGCCAACUUCACCUACGACUCCUCCAUGCCGGUGUUCGAAAACAACCCGCCCUUCUGGCCUUACACGCUCGACUACGCGAUCAACCACGAGUGUAUGAUCACUCCCUGCCCAAGCAAGUCCUUCCCGGGUGUCUGGGAGGUGGGCAUGGUGAUGUGGAUUGACCUUCGCGGUGGUCGCUGCUCCAUGGGCGACGCAUGCUCAAACCCGGCAGACGAUGAGGGCGUUUAUAAGAUGCUGUUGAAGAACUUCAACCGCCACUACAAGAGUAACCGGGCACCCUUCAACCUCUUCUAUCACUCGGCCUGGUUCAAUACGCAGCACCACAAGAAGGGCUUCUUGCGCUUCCUCGACCACAUACUGUCCAAGGGCGAUGUCUGGCUCCUCACCAACUGGCAGCUCAUCCAGUGGAUCCGCAACCCGACGCCCAACAGCAGAAUCAACAGCUUCGAGCCGUGGCAGUGCGCGCCGAGGAGUGACCGACCGGAGCCGUGCCACAGGCCGACCGUCUGCAACGUGCCCUACCAGGGAGGCCUCCGCUACAUGAAGACAUGCCAGCCGUGUCCCGACGUUUACCCUUGGGUCGGCAACACUGGCUUUGGCAGCAAAGGCGCCAGACGCAAGUGAUCAGACAAGGAGACACCACUGGCCAAUCUUCUUCCGCGCGCGGGACGACAUGACAGAGUGUACAAUCAUCAAUAGGGCUCUUGUUUGAGAAGGCGUUCUCCAUAGAAAACCCUGCGGCGGUAUUGAUUGUCUCCUCUCUAAAUUACAAAAUGAUAUGUGUAAAGAGACUUUGAUGCCAGUAAUGAUUCAAUACCAGAAGACUAAUGGUAGGGGGGGGGGGGAAAUGAAAGAAAUAUGCAUGCAAAUGUUCCUCUCCUAUCAUUUGUCUGCAUCUAUGCGUGCAGCCUGAUACGAUUGAGGAGUUCUAUAAAUAUUCAGUCAAGCGGCUGACAAAGGAACUUUUUAAAGGGGCCCUGGAGCAUUUUUCUUGGUGGAGCUUGAGUAACAGGCUUAAAUUUGUCUGGUACCUUUAUUUGAACAUAUACCGGAAGAAAUUUUUGCGAGGAACCUAAUAAGAACGAAUAUGUAAAGAAUGUGACUUUUACUUUCGCUCGCAGCUCUCAGUUAGGGUGGCACCGAUAAGAAAUCUCGGUUAUCUCACUUUCCUUCUUUCCGUAGUUUUCUUUUGGUGAAGCCAUCGAGACUAGAAAUGUGCUAGAGAGCGGUGACAGGGCGGUCGGGAUGCAUAAGCCAACAUUGGUGAGCGCUCUAAUUUCUUCGCGCUCAUCUUUGUAAGCACUGCUCAUGUCCAGUGAGGCAGCUUUCUCGUUAGCUCAAAAAAGAUCCGAAAUGUUGAGCAUGUGCGAGUAGCUGCAGUUCACCCAAUAACUUGAGGGCUGCAUUCGCGUAAUCGCCGAGAGCGGGGCUUGCAAACCGCUCGAAAGAGUACAAGAUAUCUUGCUACAGUAAAAUGGCUCGGCGGGUUUAUUGUAGCAUUGUCUACGAGUCCGUAGCGCUACUUAGCAUGUCUAAAAAGUGAUUCAGUGUCCCUUUAGAUGUUCUUCAAUUGGCGUUGAGGAAGGAGACAAUGAGUCGCAUGUUCGUGCCUUACCUAACAAGAGCUCGCGCUGCUCGUGCUCGUGCCUCGGAAUUGCUCACACUUUUGUGUGGUGGCCGCCUGAUGUCUUUCACAGCUAGCACGAACUCUGCUGAUUUAGUUAGGCGUACUUCUGCUGUCAGCACAUGAACUUCACAUGGUUGACAUCAAGAAGCUACGCCAUUUUCGGAUAAAAGCAGUUAUAGCAAAAUAUACCAGGCUGCAAGACGAGCCAAGGGGCCAAUACUUUGAGGCUAAAGACUGCGCACAAGUAGCGUACGAAUUGCACACGCGAAGAUCGAGUCCAACUUCACCGCAAACAUUGAUAUCGCUGAAAGUAUUUUAGGAAGAGGUUGGGUGCACGAUAAUUCCGGUGUGUCGAGUAAUCUGGUCGACUAAGUCCCAACGCCAUGUGCGCCGUAAAAGGUUCUGUGUAUUAUUAUUUUCGAGUUGUUUUUAUGACAAUACUGGUAGUGUUCCGUUAGAAACUACGCCGUCGUACAAUCAUGUCUUUUCGUAGACCCGAGCUUUCAGUACGCAAGCUGGACAACAAAGAAAAGACAGACCAGGAGAGGAACCUCCUACCUUAAUAAAACCAUCUGAUAAGUACCCUCCAUUUAUGGACUACCAAACGAAGUUCUUUUAAUAAAUAAACGUUACAAGUAUUUCUCGCGGGCCCAAGCGUACGUGCUAACGCAUAACCCUUUAUCUCCCCUCAUUCUGCGAGACAGGCGUCUUUGGGUAAGGUGAGCUGUGCCUCGCUCGAAAGGCUGCACUCAAGCCGCGCGUGUUGCAAGUGAAAACAGAGCAAGUAUUACGUACCUUGUCCCCCUACUGCAAAUAAAGGACCGCGCGCGGUGGCUGGUACUUUUCACCUAAGCCAGAACUCGCCUUCUGUUCUGGGUGGUGAAAGGAUCUUCUCGGUCGAUUGUUGUCGAUCCCUCAGGUGCGUCGCGUUUUACUGCUCAUUUAAACCUCGUGGAUGCGCUGCCUUUGUCGAGUACGUACUAGUUAAAAAUUGGGCUCGCUGACCACGAUAUGAGAUCCUAUUAAGACUUGUCGCGUCAUCCGUCCUUGCUGGCGAUGAAAUUGUCGAGAGAAGUAGUGCGCCACCAGAGUCCUUAAUUCAAAAAAGAGUGUAUAAUCAAGUUAGAUAUCGAGUUAGACAUGUUUCUGGCGGCUGUUGUGUUACCUAAGUUCUAGCAAUUCUUAUUCUUAUUUAUUUAAAUUGUCAGCUAUUACCGCAAUUCACUGCCAGUCCUUUUAUUACACAUUGCCACACUAAAAAUGAGUGGUUGUUUUCAGAGUACCUUGAAAUAAGCCAGUAAGAACAUUCUCGCCCCUCAGAUGCGCUCUAAUGGGGGUGAAAGAACUAGGAACUCAUGUUCGCCAUGCUUACGAAAUGGUGGGCGUGGCUGGGAACAGAUGCCACGGCAUUCCUCCUCCUAAUAGGCUGUGCCCAGUUUUCUGACGCCCACGGGGGGACGCCGCUGAAGUCUGGAUGACCAAGUGGCGACAGAAGAAGCACACGCGGCGAGCAACAUUUUCAGCUUCAUUCGGUAAAACUAAAGCGCGGUUCUUUGCUGAAAAUAUCAUACAACGACAAAGCCACGGAACUGCACAUUUUGCACAGACAAUACAGUAAUUCAGCAUAUUCAGUACUGCUGGGCCAUUCAGUAUGAGAUGCGAUUAAAAAUAACGGUGUAAGAAAGAGGAACAUAGAUACGAAGGCAGCAGAGCCGAAGCUAGACAUCUCUUGCCCUGUUGUUUAAUUUCUAGUAGCUUUUCAUCUUUGUUUUCUCGUUUAUUUUUCACUAAAGGACAGCGAAGCCGGUUUGUGAUAAACAUAAAUUUCCGCAUACUUUACAUGAAAAUGGCAGACUUUGCAGUGAUUGGCAUAGCUGUGCACGUAGAUCUAGGAAAAAAAGCCGCAUUAGAUAUUCAUAUACCACAUCAAAGCUGCAAAACACUUUCUUUUAAUCCACGCACUCUUGUAACGAAAUUCCCAUAAAGUACAACUCAGUAUUGUGUGUCGGCCGAGUCCGUUAAGCUGUGGCGAAAUGAUACGCAGAUGCACAUUUCCAGAAGGCGCAGAAGACACAGAACAACGAAAGAGACUGGACUCGCAAUACACGGCCAUGUUCGUGUCCACUCCUUACCCAGUGUCCAGUCUUUGUCCCAAUCACCCAGUUCUCCAUCAUACUACAGCAAAUAUGUAUUUAAACACGCGUCUCGUUACACGAGGAGAACAAGCAGAGUGAAAUAAAAGCAUAGAGCAACAAAAAUCAGAGUAAGUUUCCUUAAUGACUUGAAAGAUUAGGCCUAAAAAAGGGGGCAGCGUUGCUGUCGUUUUCGUUGAUGUAUCUACGCCUUCCGCGCCUAAUCCACCAACUAUCAAGGAAACGCGUUUCUGCUUACCAGGACCUCAAAGGAAUGAUUUUAUCUUGCCGAGUCUUAAGUCAAAGUUAUCACCACGACGCUUUGUUUGGCAUUUUAAAAUUUGCGGGCCGAUAUGUCUAGCAGCAAAUCUGCGCCGAUUUGGGGACGCAUUUUCUGAAGAUCACUUUCGAGGACACUACCAUUUUCCCGGCACGUGAGCUCUGUGCGUAGGAUGAUUCUAGCGGUUUUGUUCAGGCAGUAAAUCACUCAAAGUUAUAUCUCCGAAAGUAAUGUUCCCCGAUGUUGGCUGGCCAUCAAAGCACACGAGGUAUUCGGCAUAGCUCAUUGCUUAAAUGGGCAACUUUACUCCUAUUUCUCGUUGAAUUUUUCAUCCGUAUUGCGCGAGAUUUCGGCUUGCUCACACUAACUUCGUAUAUUAAAUCAGUUCGCGUCGCAAUGUCGUUCUAUUUGCUGUUAUAGGCAGUCGAAUUGUUCUUUUAAAUCUUUUUCGAUCUUUGGCUUCCAAGGAGAAAAAUUGUGCGUUCCUCCACACCGUUCGUGUUUCUUCUUUGUACGCGCAUUUAUUUUCUAGUGCCGUCGUCGAUCAAAUCGGUUUUUCGCAAAAAAACGCACAUACAAGCAGCAGGCGCCCUGACAGGAAUCGAUUGGAGACGCAGUGAGCGUUGCGCGCAUGCUCCUGCAUUCACGGUUGUGAAUCCUUGGCGUUGCCAUGUGAAUCAUUUUUUUAAUAUGUGUAUGUUUUGUUACGUUUUAAGCACCGUUAAUUUAUGCCCUGGAAAGUUUAUUUAUACCCGCUAGUGUUGUUGCCAUUCCAGCUAGUAUUGGCGAGUAGUGAAGUGCAUCAUCCUCCAUGCCUUGAGCUGCCCACCAAAAAACAUGGUGAAGACGCUCUCCCCUUGGUGGCAAGGUGUCACAUUUAAAGUCACCUUACCAGGAGGUAAUUGAAUCAUGCAUUUCAUUUUACGCGCCUGUAAGUAAUGUUUCAUGGCCGGAGGCCUCAUGGCGCUCCACGAAGUCCCGCUGCAUUUCACCAUUUGUUGCCCCCGGUGCUGGAUCGGGUUCGAGUGUGGUGCCAACAUCACGCGUUGAGGCGCUGGCCUGCACAACUGUGCGGCAUUUCGGGCCUCCGGCAGGACACUAAGCGCCAACAAAGCGCACCCUACGGUAAAUAAACGUCAUUUAUUGGCGUUAUUAGUUUAUUUAAUACAUCGCCUAUUCUGUGCUCUUUAAGAGCCUCCGACUAGAUAUAUCCGUUCUGACCCUUGUAUUCUUUUUUUCCAAGCAAGUAAUGAAAGCGUAGUGGACUGUCCUGUUUCACAGUAGUUUAUGGCGCCUAGUGUACAACCCUGCAUGAAUUUUGUGAAGGGAACCAAAAAUAGACGAAGAAUAAACUAAGCCUAAAAAAUAUGCGACCGUAGCCGCCGGCUACACCCGCAAAACGUGUUCCAGAAUUUCUCAUCUGUUAGAAAGCGGGGCUUCGGACGCGCACCAUGACGCGCUCGGCCUGUACAUAGCAAACCCGGAGUGGCACCCUGUCAAUGGUAGGAAGGCAAUGUGACAGAACAGCUCACCCAAGGUACUUUCAUGCAGUUGUUUCUUUUUACUUGCACAAAAUUCUGGCAAUAUUAUAGGCCUCAUAGUAGGAAAAGCGAAGCAUCAGAGGUGAGGAAGAGCUUGAUUGGAGUGGGACUUGGUUGUACAUUAAAUGCCAAGGCUUAGCAGUCUUGUUUCUUACAAAGCACACAGUCGUGUUGCGCUAGUUUUGCGCCAGUUGCUGAAGAAGCCCUGUGAUCACUGGUUGCCUUCUGCAGUGGUGCACCUCCGGGUGCAUGCGUGCCGUAGUGAAUGCCGCCGCGCGCCGCCUCCGUGUCCGCAACAGAGAAAGAACUGGCUCCAAAACCCGCUCCCGCUGUCAUAUGUGAAGCCACAUUUUGGGCCGACAACGUUGGAUCACCGAUACCGCAGACUACGCAAUCCAAGGCCUUGACAGUACUGCUUCUGUAUGCGUAGGCGUCCAGAGACAGAAACACUGCAUGCGGCCACUAUCAUUUAUACAUGUUUUGUCCAAGGUAUGAACAGCUGUAGUGACCGUCUGCAAUUCUUAAAAAAAAAAAGAAGCUAGGCAUCGUGUAGGGAAAACUCGAAGCUAAUGGCAUGGCUCGCAGGACAGCAGAAAGCCAGCAAUUUCUGUCCAUCGACUUGACAAAUUGGGCAGUCUGUAGAAAAAAAAGAGGCGGCCCAGUAGUAGACGCAGAUCAGUCAAAUGAUCGAAGCUAGCUUCGCGAGUGGCAGUGGGUGCCCCCGGAGGAGAGCAGUUCUUUCUCACACACGCGUGUGGCGUGCGGCAGACUGUGUACCUUGUCUGUUGUUUUGGCCCCCUCCGUGUCCCCCUGUAUACCCAGUGUUUUUUAUCGGGCAACCGUUAUGUGUACUCCCUGUCAUAAUAAAUGAGACCUCGAA